ACGCUAAAUCUCUUGCCCCAUCUCCUUCACCGUCCAUGUCCAUGGAGUUUAGUAUCGCCUCAUCAAACCUUUCACUAAUUUCGAGUCCUCAUGAAAAUAAAGAAAAGAAGAGAAACAGAAUCGAGGAAGGUUUAGCAAAAUCGAGAGCUGCCAUACGUGAAGCCGUGAGGCUGAAGAAGUUUGCAUCGGACAAGGAAGAAACUUUUGUUCCUCGAGGAGCUGUUUACAGAAACGCUUUUGCAUUUCAUCAAAGCCAUAUAGAGAUGGAGAAGAAAUUCAAAGUGUGGGUGUACAGAGAAGGAGACACACCGUUAGUUCACAUGGGUCCAGUGAACAACAUAUACAGCAUUGAAGGCCAAUUCAUGGACGAGAUCGAGACAGGGAUGAGCCCGUUCGCGGCUAGCCACCCCGAUGAGGCUCAUGCCUUUCUCCUACCUGUCAGCAUCGCCAACGUCGUUCAUUACCUAUACAGGCCGCUCGUGACCUACUCGAGGGAACAACUUCACAAUGUUUUUCUUGACUACGUCAAUGUUGUGGCUCACAAGUAUCCUUAUUGGAACAGAAGCCUUGGAGCCGACCAUUUCUUUGUUUCUUGCCAUGAUUGGGCACCAGACGUUUCAGGAUCAAACCCGGAGAUGAUGAAAAACCUGAUAAGAGUUCUCUGCAACGCCAACACAUCGGAAGGUUUCAUGCCCCAACGAGACGUUUCAAUCCCGGAGAUCAACAUCCCCAGAGGCCAACUGGGACCACCUCGAUUAUCCCGCGCUUCUGGCCAUGACCGACCCAUCCUUGCUUUCUUCUCAGGGGGCUCACACGGUUAUAUCCGCAAAAUUCUACUACAGCAUUGGAAAGACAAAGAUGAGGAGGUCCAAGUCCACGAGUACUUAGCCAAGAACAAAGACUACUUCAAACUCAUGGCUACGGCAAGGUUCUGUCUCUGUCCCAGUGGCUAUGAAGUGGCUAGCCCUCGAGUCGUUGCAGCCAUUAACUUAGGUUGCGUCCCUGUCAUCAUCUCUGAUCACUAUGCCUUGCCCUUCUCAGACGUUCUUGAUUGGACUAAGUUCACCAUUCAUGUUCCCUCUAAAAAGAUCCCUGAGAUCAAAACUAUACUAAAGAGCAUAUCCUGGAGACGCUACAAGGUGUUGCAGAGAAGGGUUUUGCAGGUCCAGAGACAUUUCGUGAUCAACAGACCGUCGCAACCAUUUGAUAUGCUUCGAAUGCUUCUUCACUCUGUUUGGUUGAGAAGACUAAACCUGAGGUUGCCUUUGUGAUCCUAUAUACUCUGUUUUUUAAGGAAUAAAUAUUGGUAUAGAACAAGAACGUGAACAGUUGUAUAACAUUGAAAGUAGCUACAAUGGUAACCAAAGGUUUACAUGUAAUAAAGACUAUUUAUAACA